AUGCUGGCAUGGCAGGACAGCGGGGCCAAGGCGGCUCCCUCCCACCACAAGAUCUCCUUCUCGGUCAUGGACAUCCUGGACCCGCAGAAAUUCACCCGCGCUGCGCUCCCGGCGGUGCGCGCCGCUCCCCCGGAAGCCAAGAGAAGUUUGGAGGCCGAAGCGGGAAAGGACGGCAACCUCGGAGACCCGGCCUGGCAGCGAGAGAUCCCUGAUGCUGAGGGCGGAGGCCCGGGCGCGGCGUCCCCCCUGGAGGGCUCGGAGGCUGAGGACGCGGAGGAGGACGAGGAUGCUGAGGGCGCCGGCCGUCUGGAGCGGGCUGCGCGCCUGCAGGCCGGCCCCGCGCGCUCCCCGGAGGCCCGGGCUGUGGCUCUGGCUGCGGGAGAGCGCAGCGCUGGCGGCGGCGGCGCCGCGAGUUCCCCAGGCUCGCCAGACUCCCCGCGGCCCCGGCGCCGACGUGCAGAGCCCAGUUGCACCAAGCCGCGGCGCGCGCGCACCGCCUUCACCUACGAGCAGCUGGUGGCCUUAGAGAACAAAUUCAGGGCCACGCGCUACCUGUCGGUGUGCGAGCGCCUGAACCUGGCGCUGUCGCUCAGCCUCACUGAGACGCAGGUCAAAAUCUGGUUCCAGAACCGCAGGACCAAGUGGAAGAAGCAGAAUCCGGGCACGGACGGCGCGACGCAGGCAGGGGGCGGUGCGCCCUAUCCCGGCGCGCCCGGGUCGUCCACGGCGGCGGCAGCGGGCGGCGGCGGUGCGGGGGCCAGCCCGGGACCACCGGGCCCUGGAGCGCUGCCAUUACAGACUUUCCCCUCCUACUCCGCGGCCAACGUCCUCUUCCCAGCCGCUUCCUCUUUCCCGCUGACGGCUGCUGCCGCCGCCGGGGGCCCCUUCGCGCCCCUCCUCAGGCCGUCCUAUAUGACCCCUUUCUAUACCCCGCACCUAUGA